AUUAUUUUUGAAGGCUUAAUACUUUAUAUUCGCUUGCCAACGAAUCUGCCGCAGCGGUUCAGAGAUAUUUCAAGGAGUAAGAUGGCGGCACCUAGUAAACAGUACGGCCUGAUCAUACCCCAGAAGAGAGCGUCUAAGACAGCCACCUUGCCCAGACCCUCAGUAUUUGGGGAUGACUCUGAUGAAGAGACCUCGGUUGGGGAGAGUUUGCAGAAGGAGGCUCUGAAGAAGAGGAUGAUGAAACAGACACGUCUGGAGAUGCAGAAGGCUCUAGAGCAGGACAGCAGUGUGUAUGACUACGAUGGUGUCUAUGAUGACAUGCAGAAACAGAGGCUGGAGAGCAGCAAGAAAAUGCUGGGAGGAACCGACAGGAAGCCAAAAUACAUCAACCAGCUGCUGCAAGCAGUGGAGGAGAGGAAGAAGGAGCAGGAACGGAGAGAUGAGAGGAAGAUCCAGAAGGAGAGAGAGGCGGAGGGAGAGCAGUUUGCAGACAAGGAGGCUUACGUCACCUCAGCCUACAGACAGAAACUCAAGGAGAGACAGGAGGAGCUGGAAAAAGAAAAGCGAGAGGCAGCGAUGGAGGCUGCUCUGGAUGUGAAGAAGCAGAAAGACCUGAGUGGUUUCUACAGACACCUGCUGAACCAGACCGUAGGAGAGGAGGCCAUACCAGACCGCUCUGUACCGAGGGAUCAGAGUUCAAAGGAAGUCAAGACAGAAGCGCCAUCCCCACCGCCUUCACCUCCCUCACAAGACCACGUCCCCAGUUCCCAUAGCGACAGCGAGGAGGGGCAGGAUCAGAAGGCAGGGUUCAGUAAGCCGGCCCCUGGUGCCAAACGCCACUACAGACAGAGGUCCCCUUCCUCUGGGAGUGGAGAAGAGGAGCGAGAGAAGGAUAGAGAGAGAGAAAAGAAGAGACACAAAGAGAGAGACAGAGACCAAGGAAGGGAUAGAGAGAGGGUCAGAGAGAGAGACAGGGAGGACAGGCAUGGUGGACGGAGAGAUGAGAAGGAUGGAAGAAAGGAGAGGGGGUCAGAGAAGGGGAAGGAGGGAGAAGGGAAGGAGGGGUCAGAGAAGGGGAAGGAGGGAGAAGAGGAGAGUAAAGUGAGUAAGUUUGUCAAACGCAGCAGUGAGCAGACCGUGACCUCAGCCAGAGACAGAUACCUGGCCAGACAGAUGGCACGCUCAGCCACCAAGACGUACAUAGAGAAGGAGGAGGACUGAACACACAUAAACGGUGACAGCUGUGACUGUGUGAUGACAUAGAGGGUGACCGAUGAACUGAGACACGUCAACAGAUGUGUGUGUGUGAACUUCUUUCUCUAAUACGCUGCACUUGACGGACCCACCUAAUAAGAGUGUGGUCUCAUGGUUCUGUCCGGGGAGAAAGAUGGAAUGGUAGAGAGUGAUUUAAAUGAGUGAAUGCAGGACUUGAGUUAAGUGAGAGGGUGAAUAAGUGAUGAAAAAUGUAGUGUGUGUGAGGUGCCCCACACCAGGGAACUAUGUGUUUUUGUUGAAUAUUUCUGUUCUAUUUCAGUUUUUUUUCUCCUGAUGGACAGUACCGUACUUCCUGUUUAUGUUGUGUUAAUAAAUGUCGGAACAUA